AUGGAGGGCACGGGCAGCGGCUGGCCGGCGGACCUGAGCCCCGCGUACCCGACGCACGGCGCGGCCGGGAACGACAGCGGGCCGGUCUUCGAGGUGGCGCUGCGGAACGGCUCGGCCAAGCGCAGCCCCCAGUUCGUGGGCGUGGAGCUGCUGCAGUCCUUCAAGCUGCUCAUCAUCCCCUGCUACGCGCUGGUGGCGCUGGUGGGCGUCUUCGGCAACUACCUGCUCCUCUACGUCAUCUGCUGCACGCGCAAGAUGCACAACGUCACCAACUUCUUCAUCGGCAACCUGGCCUUCUCCGACAUGCUGAUGUGCGCCACGUGCGUGCCCUUCACGCUGGCCUACGCCUUCAACCCCCGCGGCUGGGCCUUCGGGCGCUUCAUGUGCUACCUGGUGUACCUGAUCCAGCCGGUGACGGUGUACGUGUCCGUCUUCACUCUCACGGCCAUCGCUGUGGACAGAUACUACGCCACAGUGCACCCGCUGAAACGGCGCCUCUCCGUCCUGGCGUGCACCUACCUGCUGUCGGGCAUCUGGCUGCUGUCCUGCGCUCUGGUGGCUCCGGCCGUGGCUCACACCUACCACGUGGAGUUCAAGAACGAGGGCUUCACCAUCUGCGAGGAGUUCUGGAUGGGCCAGGAGAGGGAGCGGCUGGCCUACGCGUACAGCACCCUCUUCGUCACCUACGUCCUGCCCUUGUCCGCGCUCUGCAUCUCGUACCUGUGCAUCUCCGUCAAGCUGCGGAACUGCGUCGUGCCCGGCCACCACACCCAGAGCCAGGCGGAGGCGCAGCGCAUGCGCAAGCGCAAGACCUUCCGCCUCGUGAGCCUCGUGGUGGCGGCGUUCGGGAUCUGCUGGAUGCCCAUCAGCGUGUUCAACGUUCUGCGUGACAUCGACAUCGACCUGAUUGACAAGAGGUACUUCCUGCUCAUCCAGCUGCUGUGUCACCUGUGCGCAAUGAGCUCGUCCUGCUGCAACCCGUUCCUCUACGCGUGGCUGCACGACCGCUUCCGGGCCGAGCUCCGCAAAAUGUUCACGUGCCGUCGUCGCAUCGGCAUCACGGCCAACAACUGCGCCACCGCCAGCGUGGUGCUGUGAGGCGACUGUUGUUGGAUCCGCUGCGGUAUAGUCACGUGGUUCUGGUAACGUACAGUAGUGAGGACUUUGGGAGGCUUUCAGGUCUGGCCUCCCUCCACUGACCUGGACAUGUUCAGGCUCCAGCUCUGUGAUCCCCUGAGAAAGUAGGACUUUACAAGGACAGUACGCCAGAAGCAGAUGAGCCGAUUCCAUGAAUGUCAACCCAUUUCACUGGACACAUUACAAGAAUACAAUUCCUGGGGGUCUCAGUGGGUCCUCAGACAAAGGACGCUAUGUGGAGUGAGACAGAGCAGUGGAGAUUCACUUUACAUCUGAACAUGUAGUAGGAUCUGUCAAGUGCCAUGUGCUUUUGUACAGGUCAAAUCAUCAAGCAGGCUUUCUAGAUUUAUUUAUUUUUGAAAUGUCUUUCUCAUGAAGUCUGUUUGUUUAGAAUAACACUGUAAUUUGACUUUAUAGUGUUUGGGCCAUUAAAAUACUAUAUUUACCUAGAAAAAUAGUAAAAUACUUAUUCAACCUACUGUAAAUAAAAAAUGAAUAAAUAAGUGAUAAGCAAGAAGAUAAAGUUAAACAAAUAUAUUUUGGAGUAAAAGUACGGGCAAAAUUCAAUUGUAUCCUGGCAGUUCCUUUCACCAAGUGGGUCUUAAUUGAAAUGUUUACGUACAAAGCUGCUGUAGAUAUGUUCAAAGCGAAACAUGACGUUAACUAAGCUUUCCACCAGAAGCCAGUGGAGACAACUAAACGGUGGUGUGAUGUGCUGCUGCAUUUUGUUGUACACGUCUCAUGUUCAGUGACAAUAAAGAACUUCUGAUGUCGCCAA